CACGUGAAGAGAGAGGGAAUACGCUGCAGAGCAGGGAAGAGGAAGCAGCUCGAGGGCUGUUUCUGAGGAAGGGCACCCCGUGCAGUGGGGUGAAGACCGGGGGAAGGGUUUCCUCUCAGGCCCCUCGAGGGUCGGCCGAGCAGCGCAGCGUGGACAGGUCGGAGUGCACGGAUGCAGGCCGGCGGAGGGUGGGGGCCAAAAAACGGCAGGACGGAAGUGCCCGGUGUCACCGAGAGGCGCACAACGCCGCCCAAAGCGGCAAAAACAGCGCCCUAGACGAGGCAGAGCGGCUUCUUCCCCAACCGUUGUGUGGAGACCGCCUUCGUCCACACGGGAGGCGGGCAGAAGUCGCGGGGAGGAAAAGUUUGCCGAGACUGCGAGGAUUUCCCCUCAGAACUCUCGUUCGGGAAAACCAACAAGCGCCCGGCCCCCCGCGUCUCUGUUGGGCUCCGCAGACGGCAGGCUGGGCAGUGCCUAGCUAGAUAAUAGCCCAGUCGGCCGAAGGAGGGGAAGGGAUGGGGGGAGCUGCACUGCCUACUCCUGCUGGCGGGGAAAGCCACGAAGGCGCUUGGCGUCCAGGGGCUUCGAAUGGGCGGAUUGCGGCGGCCUGGCGGUGGUGGUACCAGAGGAGGAGGAGGAACCUAGUCCUUCCAGCUGGUUACACAACGGCAAGAGAACAGACCUCGGUCUUUACCACCGCCCGCAAUUACACGUAUUGUAAUGCGAUAAGUAACGAAAGGGGCCCAAGUCCAGAAAGUUCUGUGGCGUAGCCCCGGGCUCUCCGAAGCAAAGCCAACUGGGCAAGCGCAAAACAGACACGGGAGCAAAAAAGGGCUCGGCGGGGGGCAACAGAAAGGAAGGAGACACGGGCAGCGGGCACGUGACAGCCGGCAGGCGAGUAGGAGGAGGAGGCGCGCGGGCAGGCUCCGCGCCUGCGCCAGUUGAGGCGCGCCGACGACGUCACAUGGGUUGAUGAGUAUGAAGAAAAAACAGUCAGCAUUGUGAAUACAGUCAACAUGGAGAACACUGGAGAAACAUCAGGAGUUCCCAAAAUGGAGAAUCUGUCAGUUGUGUUAGGAAAGCAGAAUGGUGGAACAGCAUCAAGUGCAACGCCUGCAUUUUAUGUCCUUGUGAAACAGAACACUGGGAAGUCAGACCAAGGAGCCUGCAUUUCAAAUCAGAUUGAUUGUGGUCUCACCAGCAGUGCAUCAACACCAGUAAAAUCAAAAGUAAAGUCCUACCUUCCAGCUGAUUGUACAUCAGGAAGUGUUACUGUUACACUUGACAAUAAUAAUAUGUGGAAUGAAUUUUAUCAUCGUAGCACAGAAAUGAUCUUGACUAAACAGGGAAGACGAAUGUUUCCAUAUUGUCGAUACUGGAUAGCAGGUCUUGAAUCCAACUUGAAGUAUAUCUUAGUCAUGGAUAUUUCUCCAGUGGACAAUUUUCGCUAUAAGUGGAAUGGCCAUAGUUGGGAGCCCAGUGGGAAAGCAGAACCCCAUGUGCUUGGAAGAGUGUUCAUUCACCCAGAAUCUCCUUCUACUGGUUACUAUUGGAUGCACCAGCCAGUGUCUUUCUACAAGCUAAAACUUACUAAUAACACCUUGGACCAGGAAGGACAUAUAAUUCUGCACUCUAUGCACCGUUAUCUACCUCGACUACACCUGAUUCCUGCUGACAAAGCUACUGAUGUUAUACAGCUAAAUGGUCCUGAUGUCCAUACUUUCACUUUCUCACAGACAGAGUUCUUUGCUGUGACUGCAUAUCAAAACAUCCAAAUUACACAAUUAAAAAUAGACUACAACCCAUUUGCUAAAGGUUUCAGGGAAGAUGGUUUGAGUAGUAGAGUUCAGCGUGAUGUGAAGCAAAAUAGUAGCUCAGAGCAGGAAGAAAGUAGUGUAGCUAAUUCUCCAAGCAAUCACAGGCAUUCCGGCGAAGGUGAUACUUUCAGUCCAGAGCAGAGGAGUUUAGAUACAUCGUUUAAUGGGAUAUGUAACACAGAUAUAGAGAGAGAAUCACUAAGUCCAUAUCAUGACUUACUGGAUUUUGUGGAAACAGAUACGUGUAUGUCUCAUGACCCACUAUUAAAGCAGGAAGCAUCUGAAAGUCCAGUAGAUAUACCUUACCGAAGCAUUUCUCAGGCGGAUUCUCCUCUCAGCACAAAUGGAGAUGUCAGUGUUAUUAAGGAGGAACCAGUUGAUGACUAUGAUUAUGAGCCAAAUAAGGUUACGGACGGUAUAAGUGUGAAGCAGGAGGAUGUUGAUAAUGUGACGGAAGAAUAUUCUAGUAGUGGUGAUUCCAUUCUGGAGCAGAAGUUGAAGAAACACAAGAAAAAGGAGGAAAAAGAAACUGAAAUCACAUCCCGGAAACGACUACAGACCAGCCAGCUGGGUGUGGCUAAAGCAAAAAUGUUAAAAUCAGACACUAGGAAGAUGCCUGUAGUGUAUUUAGAACCUUGUGCAGUCACCAGGAAUACAGUAACAGUCUCAGGAGUUUCACAGCCAAUGUUGUCAUCUUCUAAGAGUGAGAAAUCUUCAAGUCACUCAAUGGAUUCUUUUCCUAAUAGCAGUAUAUGUAGCUCAUUGGCAAAACCAGAAACAGAUGAGAGACCAAAUGGAAACCAGACAUCUGAGAGUAACAUGUUACAAAAAAAUUCUUCAAAGAAAGCACAGCAGGAAAAUACUGAAACAAGUAGCAGUAUUGCCACAACAAAUAGAUUUUCUAGCUGCAAUCUUAAAAGCAUUACAUGCAGUGCCCCUUUCCCAUCAAAAGCUGUGUCUGGGGGGGAAAAGACAAGUGCACUAAAAAAGCAUAUUUCCCAUAAGAGUGUUAUUGGUGUCCAACAUGUUGAGUUGUCUGGCCCACGUAAAAGAGGAAGACCACGGAAAAUAAAGCACCCAGGAGUUGGAAGGCCACCUAAAUAUGCUGGAAAGCCAGUUGUAACACGUACUUAUGCCUCGCUGUGUCUGGACAGUACCAGUUUGGAUAUUAAGCCUGACCUUGUGGAUGUGGAUGGAGUCCUCUUCGUAUCCUUUGCAUCCAAAGAAGCUCUUGAUAUCCACACUGUUGAUAGAUGUGAAGAAAAAGAAUCGCAGAAUACACAGACUCCUUCAGUGGUUGUGGGUGAUCGAUGUAGUGAUCAAGAGAUUAUAAAGAUACAAAAGCUUGAAAAAGAAUUGUUGGAAGAUUUGAAGUCCUUUAAGUACAAGCAAGUCAUACAUCCCAGUCUUCAAGAAGUGGGACUAAAGCUAAAUUUUGUGGACCCAACAAUGAGCAUUGAUUUAAAAUACUUGGGUGUCCAGCUGCCAUUAAGUUAUUCAGAUGACUGUACUAUGUGGAAAAACUUAGGCACUGGUUCCAUUUCUAUUGAUGCUGGUCUUCCCUUUGUUUCCAGGACAGGAAAGACAAAUGAUUUCACAAAGAUAAAAGGAUGGCAAGGAAAGUUGCAUAAUUCUUCCAAAAAUGAAGGUAUCAUUCUGGAAGGCUCCUUGAAGAAUCGAUCUGCUUUCUGCAGUGACAAGCUUGAUGAAUAUUUAGAAAAUGAGGGAAAGCUGUUAGAAACAAGUAUGGGAUUGUCUCCUAGCACAUCCAGUUGUCCUGUGGUUUAUCAACUUCCAACCAAAAGCACCAGCUACGUACGGACUUUAGACAGUGUUCUCAAAAAGCAGUCCACCAUUACUGCUUCUGGCUGUUAUGGUUUCAAGCCUCUUUCUAUGCCUUCGGACUCCAAAAAGAAAAGAGAGAGAGUGAAAAAUAAAAAACAAACCAUAUCUAAAGGCAAGGAAAAGUUGUUCUCGAAGCCUGUAAUAACUUUACCUGUUGUAUCAAAACAGAAACGGACAUUAUCAGUGCUAGAAGAGAAAGUUACUAAGGUUCAGACAGGUAGUCAAGGAUCUAAUGAUGUAGGCACUUCCAUGGUUCCAGGCACAGAAGAAAACCUGCCUGGAAAACAUACUGCUGUACGUCAAUCACAACAGCCUCUGCAGCAGAGUAGUCGAUUACCAUGUUUAUCUAAAACUCAGUUGAAGCUGAUGAAUGUGGAGGAUUAUGCACUGUGGAGUGGUAAGCCACGAACCUACAUUACUGAAGAACGGGCAGAUCUAUCACUGGCAGCUUUGCUCACUGCUCAAGCUUCACUGAAAAACAAACCGAUCCAUAAAAUAAUCAAAUGGCGAACACCACCAUGCAACAAUGAUUUCUGUCGGCUUGGAUGUGUCUGUUCUAGUUUAGCCCUUGAAAAGCAUCAGCCUACACAUUGUCGCAAAACAGAUUGUAUGUUUGGCUGCACUUGCCUAAAGAGAAAGGUGGUAUUAAUUAAAGGAGAUUCCAAGCACAAGAAAAUGCUAAAGAAGCCUCAGCAUGGAAAACAUAAGUUGCAUUGUGGGGAAAAAUUGGAAAAACAGGAAGAGAUACUGGAAAAAGCGAAGGAACAAGAUGAUCUGAAAAUUAAAGAUAAGAAGAAGAAGAAGAAAAAGAUGGAAUACACUGUCUGUGAUACAGAGCCAGAGAAACCUGUUAAGAAUUUUCCAUUGUGGGUAAAAGAAGAUGGUGAGAUGGACCCAGAACCUGUUUACAUCCCAACACCAUCAACUUCAGAACCAACAAAACCUACAGUGCCACCAAUACUGGAGGUCUUAUGUGAUAACAAGCCUGCAGACAGUGACAUCAGGCUAUUGACAAAUGGUGUCAAAUCACCGCGAGUGCAUACCCCUAGAACCACUCCAGUGAUUCGAGAAGAAGACAAGGACCCUAUUUACUUGUAUUUUGAAAGUAUGAUGACGUGUGCUCGUGUUAGAAUGUAUGAUCGCAAGACACAGGAGAAAAAUCAGCACCAGAAAUGCCUUUCAGAUAAUGAAAAGUCAAUUGAAAAGGAAUGUGAUUCUGAGCCUCAGUCUGAUAAAACAGAAAAAGAUAAAGAGCCUGAAAGUAGAACAAAAACAGAAGAGGAUAAAGAGCCUGAAGAGGAAAACUGGUGGUUUUCAUGUAGUGCUGAGGAUCCAUCCACUUCUUAUGUACAUCAUACUACUCCAGGUGGAAGAACGAACCUAAUUGAGAUUGUUUCAGAGUGCAACUGGGAGGAGGAUCGCAGUGAGAUCCUGACCAUUUUGUCACAGCACAUCAACAAUAGGAUGCCCAAGUCCUUCAAAGUAGGAAAUUUUACUAUUGAUCUAGAAUCUGAAAGCAAUACUUGGGAUGAGAAGAAUGCUGCCAUCCAUUCUUCCCGAGUGAAAAUCUCCAUGCCAUCCUGUCAAAACAAGAGUGAAAUGGCUCAGAUCUCUGUUUUGGAGGCUCCUAAUGAUAGAUUGUCAUCAUGCAAAAGGAGAGAACAGAUCAACUUGUUAACACCUGGCAUGUUACGGGAACAUAGAAAAAAAGGUUUACCCUUUUAUGCUGGGCUUUCUCCUGCAGGAAAGCUGAUUGCCCACACUUGCAAAUCUGAUUUGGAUCCUUCAUGUUUGAUUCAGGUGAAUGGCAAAAAUUACCCUCAGGCCAAACUGCUUUUGGGACAAAUGGGAGCACUUCAUCCAACCAGUCGACUAGCUGCUUACCUUACAGGCAGGCUGCGACCAGCAAUGCUUGAUCUCUCAACAAUCAGUAUGGUGAUAUCCAAGGUAGCAUCAAGUGCUAAAUGUACUGGUUCUGAGCCAAAAUCAACUGAAGUGCCGACAUCAGAAACUUCCAAAACCACAUUUUCUAAUAGUACAUCAAAUUCCACUGUAACAGGACCAAAUGUUCGUGUCACAGCACAUAGACAGAUAGCUGCUCGGCCAUCAACAGAGGGUGUUACCUCUCAACUGGUUGUGAGUGCAGUUGGGGCCUUACAACAAAAGAUUCCUGGAAUUAGAACACCACAGCCUUUGACAGGGCCACAGAUAUUUAAUAUCAAAUCUUCACCACUCUCUUUUGGGACAAAUGUAGUAACCACUACUAUGCCAUCAGUUCCUAUAACUAUUCCUAGCCUGUCACCAUGUAACAAUGCUACCUCUUCUUCUGGCAUCGCUAUAAUGAAUGCUCUUGGAAAACCAGAAAAUACCACUGGUUCUGCCACACCUACUACAGCUACUGUUAAAAUAACCAAAUCAACGGAAAUAGCUGCACCAGUCGCAACCAUUGCUUUUACCAAGUCUGUAGUAGCCACAUCAACUCCAGGGUCUUCAGCAUCUUUGUGUACAGUCAUACCGGUAACUGCAUCAACAGACACAGUGACUACACCACCUUCAGCAGUUGCCUGUGGUGGUCCUGGUCCUUCAGGAAUUUCUUUAUCUAACCAAAAACCAGGUACUACAAGUCCUCCAGGUUUGCCUCCUGGAGCAGAAAAACGUAUGGGGCCACGACUACUUUUGAUUCCAGUACAUCCAGGUUCUCCUACUUUGCGACCUCCACAAAACAUGCAACUUGGUCAAGGGAAGAGAAUGAUUUUGCAGCCUAUAAGGAAUCCUGGUGGUGCAAAUCUCUACCGACAUCCCAAUGGGCAGAUUAUUCAGCUUGUUCCUCUACAUCAACUCCAACCUGCUGGUUCCCAGCCUAGUUCACAAACUGUAAUGUUCCGUAAUCCAGGGUCUGUUGUAGGAAUCCGUUUGCCUGAACCUUCUAAGACUUCUGAGACACCCAUAUGUCAGCCCUCUGCAGUUUCAUCUGUGAUCUCAACUACUCUUACUCCUACUACUCCUGUUCUGUCUGCAACUACUUCUUCUCCACCCACAAGCACAGAGGCCACUACCAUUUUGUCUGAGACUUUAACCACUUCUGUUUCUUCAGUAUUACCCAGCACACCUUGCAAAGACUUUCCUUUAAUAUCUUUGCCCCCUGCUGUUUUGCCCACACCCCCUGCUGUUGAAACUUCUUCAACUCUUUCUGUGCUGUCUUCUAUUAGUACCCCUUUAUUAACAGUAUCUCCUUCUGCUGCACCUGUGCUCCCUACUGCUAAAACUCAGUCUGCAUCCCCUUCUGCUUUUGCACCAUCUGUAUUACCUGUAUCCUGUUCUGCUGUGUCUGUGUCCUCUCUCAUUGAUGCCCCUUCUACUUUACCCAAACCUGCUACUACUGAGGGUUCAUCAGUUUUGUCUGUAUUCAGUACUGCUGAAAUGUUUAUGAAAGUAGCUGAACCUUCUUCUACUUCACCUCUUAUCAGUGAAACAACUUCUGUUUCUCCCACACACCCCACCAUAAGCUGUACAUCAGAGACCAUUAGGUCUGCACCUGAACUUCCUAUUUCAGUGAGUCAGGCAGUAUCUGUCAUGCCUCCAGCAUUUGUUCCCGUCUCCCAAGCUGGCACUUUGACACUGAGAAUUUCUCCAUCAGGAAUAAGAAGUAUGAAUUCAGACUAUAAAAUAACAUGCAGCAAGAGUGAGCAGCCAAACAGCAAAGAUAAUCUAAUAUCUCUUCACUCUGGUAGUUUUGCCUUGCUUCAGUUUCCAGAGCAAAAUAAUGCCCCAAGUUCCAUUGUGAAACAAACUGUAUCCCUUCAAGUUAAGAACAAUGAGAUCAGUGCCGUUAGAGUAGAAGAAAAGACUGCGUGUUCACAAGCGCUAAAGAAGGUGGUGGAAUCAGAAGAAAAUAAGUUGUCAUCCUAUCAGUUACAGUCUAAUACUGAAGAAACUAUGUGUGAAAGAUUAAAGAGGGCUGAGAAAGGUACCAAAAUGUUGGAACAAACAUCAAAUAAUGUUCCCAUCGUGAAAUCUGCUGUGUCAUCAUUGGACUACUCCUUUAUCUGUGAGAAGCAAACAUGUGAAAGGAAGGAAGUGAUGGUUAAGAAGAAACAGCAUGCAAAAAGUCCUGAAGAUAGUCCAGGUGUCCUUUCACAUACUCCUGAUGAUGUGCCUGAAAUAUGCAGUCAGAGUGCAGCCCUUGCACACAAUACAUUAAAACAGCAAAAAGGCACAGAGUUAAACAUUUCUGAGGGUGAGCAAACAACUGAUUCUGACCACACAAAUAGUCCACCUCCUGAUUCAGAAGAAGUUGAGCCAUUACUGUUAGAUGCAGAAGAUGGAAUUAUUCUUGAACAGUCGCAGAAAUCAGCGAGUAAGCACAAAGUAAACAUAAAUUUUACAGAAGGUCUACCAAAAGACAUUAAGCCUCUUCUGAGUUCAUUUGAAAACCAAGAUCCAGAACCAAUAAUAAGGAAUGUUGAGGAAAAGAAAGACUCCAUGACAGGAAAUGGAGAAGAGGAACAUAUUGCAGGGAAGCCUAAGGUUGUUAGUAGAAGACUCCAGAGUGCACAAGGAGACAAAUACGUGGACAGUGCACAAGAAUCUUUGUCUAAAACAAAUCCCAGUUGUCAGGAUGACUGUAAUACUUCUAUGCAUAAAAAUGCUAAUACUCAUAUACAGGAAGAGAAGCUAUCUAUUAAAAACAACUUUGCUGAAAUCAGCAGAACUGGGAGCAAAUCAUCUAGGCAGUCAAUUGCUUUGGAAAAUAAAACUAGCACAGGGACUGAUAAGUUUCUGGAGAAAUUUGCUAAAUGCACAGAACAGAGUGAACAAAAAACUGGCCAUCUCAGGAAUUCUCCACUUAUUAUUGAUAUUACCACAGAUGACACAGAAAAAGAUGAAAAAACUGAUGAUUCUGCAGAUGAAAUGAUGGAUGAAAUUUCUGGCUAUCAAAGUGAAGAUAUAGUAAAUACUGAAAUGAUGGAUGAAGAUCAGUCCAGUGAAGCUGAAGAGACUGUGGACGUUGAAACUGUGGAGGAACUUUCGGAGAAAAUUAACAUUGCUCGUCUGAAGGCUACAGCUUCCUACACUCUACUUUCCAAACAAUUGUACCUUGUUUGUGAUCCUUCAAAUAAAAUGAUGGCCAAAGCUCCUAAGCAAUCUGAAUCCCCAAACAAAAAGCCAAAGAAUGCAGAAGAAGCCUUUGCUAACUAUCGACAAACCCACACAGCAAAUGAGCGUCGCCGUCGGAAGGAAAUGAGAGGACUCUUUGAAAAACUGAAAGCAACAUUGAAAUUAGACAGUCUCCCAAAAGUUUCCAAGUGCUUUAUUCUCAAACAGGCCCUUGAAGAGAUCCAGGGUCUAACAGAUCAAGCAGACAAGCUUACAGGUCAGAAGAAGUUGUUGAUGCGUAAGCAGGACACGUUGAUUCGUAAAGUUUCUGCCCUCUCAGGCAAGACACAGGAAGUAGUGCUGAAAAAGCUAGAAUACAUUUAUGCCAAACAGAAAGCAGUUGAAGCCAAAAAAAAGAAACAGCAGCUGGAAGAGCCUCUGAAGAUUAUUGAAACUACUGAGACAGCUACAGAGACUGUUCAGCCUCCUGUGGAAAACAGUCCUCCUUCUGUCACUAAGGAGGUGAAACCGGUGGUUUUAUCCAACAGGCGUACAAAACCAUUGAUACUUUCCAGGAAAGGAAGCCACAUUAUAGGAGAUACACCUUCCAUGGCAUUAACAAAUGCUAGCUUAGUAAUGACUACAGAUGGUCAGGUUCUUGCAAUCAAAAGUCCCCUGGUGCCAGGACAAGUCGCUUCUUUGCCUUCUACACUCUUGCAGACUGAACUCAUGUCAGAAAAUGACAGUAACAACAGGACAGUGCAGCAAGGUAUCACUUCUGUGAUGAUUCAGUUGCCAAGCUCAGCAGUGCCAGUGCAGGUGAAAGGCAUCCUCCCUGCCUCUACAGUUCCCAUUGCCUUGUCUGCUGUGGCCAAUAGUUCUGCUUCUUCCAUUGCAGAAGUAGCUCCAGAGUUAAGUUCAGAAAAUGAAGAUUCAUUCAUGAUGCCCAGGAUAGUAAAUGUGACAUCACUAGCUACUAAAGAAGCCACACAUUUAAAUCUGGGUGUAAAUAAGAAUCCCUAUUUGAGCCUCCCUGGUGAUUCCCAGACAUUUCAGCCUUCCUUCCUGUCACAGGAAACAACCAGUCUUCAUUCUGAAUUGAAAUCUCAAACUUCUGGAAAAGCUAGAAAUAACACAGGAACAGCACAAGAUUUUCAUGAGGAAGAUAUUAUUCCACAAAUAGUGAAUGUCUCUACUUUAAAGGGAUCUUCAGCAUCCUUUGCAACAGAAUUCUCCAUUGAAGAACCUGUUGGAAGUCAAACAAGAGCAAAACUGAUGGACAAGAAAAAUGAUCGUCAAAAGUCAAAGGAUUCUUCAUUUCAAACGCUGCAGCAACCCAAGGAUUCUGGAUUAGAAAUGGAACUGCAAAAAGUAGCCUCUCUGAUACAUGAACCAUCACUGGAUACAAGUGACUUUAUGGACAUAGAGGAAAACGAUGACACAGAUGAAACUCUCACCUCACUUCUAAAUGAAAUUGCAUUUCUUAAUCAGCAGUUAAACGAUGAUGCAUCAGACAUAUCAGAACUUCCCAGCUUUUCUCUAGGAAGUACAGAAAAUCGGCGAGAACCAACUACUGCAGGUAGCUCUCCCUUUCAGUUUGGCACAGUGGGUGGGAACUUGAAGGACCUUUCUGUAAUUAGAGGGAAUAGUGACUCCAUAACUCCUCUCUUACUUCACUUGGAUGACGAUGAUCUACCUGAUGGCAACAAGAACUCAGAAGUGGUUUCAUCUGAAUCUGAGUCUUUGAAAUUCAUGCUGUCCUCAAAAGUGAAGGACCAAAAUCCAGAUCUUCCAGCAGUAAAUAAUGCUGGAAAUAAGAAAACUGUUGUAUCUCUGUCAAAACCAAGAAAUGUGUCACCUCCCUUUCUGCAAAUGAAAACCAACCUUGAAACUGGCAAAACUGACAUGACGUGGAGGCCCAUGCCCAAGCUGGCACCACUUGGCUUAAAAGCUGCUAACUUUUUGUUAGAUUCUGAAGGGCAGAAUAUCAAAGCAAUGCCUUCAUUGGCACAUGUUCCUUCAAAAGAAAUAAAAACUGCACAGCCAGUAACUAGCCCAAGUCCAGACCCUAAAGCGAUGCUCACAUUACCACUUGUACCUAAAAAAUCAAAAUAGUGUUUUACUUCAUAAGCCUUUCGAUAAUUUGUUUUUAGACUUUUUAGAGAUGUUCACAUUUAAUCUGAAACAAAUGAUAUGCCAUAUGUAUAGGUUUCAUUGGUUACAUGUAUCAGCUUGGUGCCAGAUAAUGAAGAAUCAACUAGUAGUUUGGUCAGAUAAAUUAUGUAGUAUCUAAUUUGUCUGUAAUUUUUAUAGCGUCCCUGUGUAAUAGAAUGAGGCCAUUUAACCAAUUACAUUAGCUUUCUUUUUUAUAGUUGUUUUAGAGGAAAGUAACAAGAUAAAAUCAAUUUCAUUCUUCUAUGAUAAAAACUAAUUCAGUGGCAGGCCUAACAGCCUUGUUCAAAUUCCAGAAAUAUUCUUAAAUUGCAGCAAAGAUAUCUUAGUUCACCUCCCUCUUUUCUGACUCAUUCAUAGGAAACAUCCCUUUAAAUGGUUUAAACAUGUUUUUAGCAUUUGAAAAAAUCUUCAGGAAUUAAAAGAUUUGUAUACAGAUUUCUUACACAUUUGAGUUCAAAAUAAGGCAUUUGAGCACAAGAUGUAUUUUUCUCUAAUAUGUCUCUUAAUGAAGUAGUUUGGGGAAACUUUCUUUUUAAGCUAGUCAGUGUGAAUGGGUUUCAUACUAUAAAACUAUUUCUAUUUUUGUGUAGAGUUUUGUAAAUAUGUAAUGAAAUUUUUCAUCUGCAAAAAAUUAUGAUUCUCUAUUAUAAUUGUAAAUAUGAAUUUUUGAGGACUUGUGAUCUAAACAGAUUAAUCUCUCUAAUAAGUACUUUUAAAAUGGCUGCAUUUCCCCUCAUUGUAUUAUGAAAUUUUGCAUAACUGUAUUAAGAAUGUAUCUCUCUGUUCUUGCUGCCCAGUAUGAAAGGUUUUAGCGCCCCUCUUUUUGUUCCAGUUUACAAUAGUGCCCCGCAUAGCGACGAUAAUCCGUUCCGAAAAAAUCAUCGCUAUGUGGAUUC